UCUUCUGCUCUUUCUCUCGCUCGUAACUUCCACGAUGUCCUCGCGUACGAGCUGCGGAUUUAACAGUCUUUCGAUUGAUUAGCUCAGUGGUGCUCAAGCUGCAGAAUACUACAUGAACUGUAAAACGUCGUGAGCUUUUCAACUUGUUGAAUAUCUAUUUUCCUAUGAAUUCAAUUGAAUUAAUUAAAUCAUGUUAAAAUAUAUGUUUUGAAUCCUAAUUUCCAAAAGUUGCGGACCGCAUUCAACGAUCUCGAGGGCCAAAUGCGGCCCGUAGUCCGCAAGAGGAGCACCACUGGAUCAGGCGAAUAUGUACGAACGGCAAUAUCCAGCGGCGUAUGUACCGACAAAUGACAAUCAAUCAACUUUCUUCGCACCUUCCGAGAAACGUCCUACCAACGGCACCGGUUCGGGUUUCAAGCCUUAGGCUCCCCAACGAAGGCUGGAACCACCAGCGUGCAUUUCGCCAAACCUCUCUCGCAGACGGGCUCGAUCGAUUGAGCAGUGAACACGCGCCGUGAGCUUAACAUUUUUCGCGCUAGGAAACUCCCCGAAACGGAUGUAGAGUUGACUCGACUCGCGACGUCAAGGUGCAACUGUCCCACUAGAUACUGGUAACGGUAGUGUCGCCCUGAAUGUGUCAUCGCGAUUAAGUAAUUCGCGCGUCGAACAAGGUCUUUGAUCUACGCCAUCAUCGUGGUCCCGAACUCGUCUACUGGGGCUGUUGGGGCCAUUCCGGUUAGAUCAGCUGCUGCGUAUGUGAAAAUAUUAAGUAAUACGCCCUGUCAUACGUCGUGAUAAUCGCGGCGCGUAUCGAACCGAAGUGAGUUGAAGUGGCGCUAGGCUUAAGGCUGUGUGUGAACUCCGUUGCAAAUGAAAGUGACAUGAAGGAAAAAGUGCGAUGAGAUAAUAUAUAUUGAAUCUCGCGGUUGACGAAUAUAGUCGCUGAAGGCGCAAAGUUACUUCUUUGUUAUUAUAGGAAACCUGACCAACUGAGCAGCUCUCGAGGUGGCGGCGACGGCAGUUGAGAGCGCUUUCUUCCCAGACAACGGAGCGAGGUUUUAGGCUGAAGCAAAUCGACGAAGAGAAAUUUGUGGUGGAUCGGUUUGAGCCUUACGCGGAAAUAUGAGGGCACGUGAAGGCGACAGUGAAGGCGUUGUUGUGCGCAAAAUGAGGUUAAACUGUUGGCUGAGGUGGUUUGCGGUUGGGAUUGUCACGCUGCAGCUGUUGGUUGCAAGCGUCGGCGGGAUUUACGUGGUGGAAAAAGGUGGUAGGAAAUCCUUUGUGAAGCUCAGCCCGGCACAGUGGACAGAACCGGACCCGGACGGCAUGUGGUCGUCGCUGCUGGAGGAUUAUACACUUGGACUCAACACUUCCCAGCGGCAGUCCCGUGUAAUUCAAGCCACUCCGGUAGGGAUAAGCCAGACCCACCAAUACAUCCCGGCAUCCAGCUUCUACAUCAACAAACGCAUAGGAGAAGCCGUCGAAAUGGGAAACCCCGCAGGAAAAGUUAUUGGCCCUUCGGGAUACGCCGAAAAUCAACUGACACCCCCAUCGGCGCAAAGCACGUUUACGCCCAUGCGGCAAUCCUUCGGCGGAGCAAGCCCCACCGAACUUCUCUCUUCUCCACGGGAGGUCUCCGAGACGGAUUUGUAUCUACUGGGUGCCAUCGAGAAACUGGUCUACCGAGUGGAUUACAUGGAGAACCGAUUGAGACGGGCGGAACAGAUCAUCUACUAUCUGAUGGCGGGGAACAAUCAAAAGCUUGAAUCAUGUCCGGACAACUUCACCCGCGUGCAGGACAUAUGCUACCACUUUGGCGUCGAUCGAGGCUUGAACUGGAAAUCGGCCAGCACUUUAUGCAAGUCCUACGGCGGACACCUGGCGGAGUUCGAAACCAGUACCGAGUUUCAAGAUGUGGUGGCAUUCAUCUUGAACAACCAACAGAAUCGCGGUAAGGAAUUCUGGCUCGGUGGCCUGAACCCGGGACUGCUUUGGAUCUGGACUCAGUCAGCCAAACCGGUGAACCCGAACACAAACCUGACAUCGAUGUCUGCUGGGGCAAAGGCCGGAACGAGCAGCACGUCGACCACUACAGUACAACCGGAAACGAACAGGGACGGUAACAAGAUUGUUAACAAACCACCGAAGCAGAAAGAACCAACGCUGGAGAUCACUGGAACUGGCCGGUGCUUGAAGUUGACCUACAAUGGAGCGCUUUAUACCUACGGAUAUUCCGGUCAUGAUUGUUCGAACCGGUACAACUACAUCUGCGAACUUAAGAACAAGUCACUGGACAACGAAAUUAAGCGUUUAGCAAAGCAGUUGGAACUCGAUUAACUGGUAGUCCAUGACAGAAUUAGAUAUCUAAGAUUAAUUUAUUGAAUGUUAAUUUAUUGAAACUUCUGUUAAAUUAAACAAUUUCCUACGUA